GCUGGAGCGGAGUCGGAGGAGAACGCAGAGAAUUGGCAAAUCUUCUACUUCUUGAGUAAGAGAAGAAGAAAUCUCAUCAAAAACCCAUGUGGCGAAGGUGGUGUCGAAAGUCUCAGGUCAUAGAUCUUAGAGCUGAAGGCUACUGGGAAGAGCUGAUGGAUACAACCCAGCCAAAAGUUGUGGUGAAAGACUGGUACGCAGGACGCAGCGACGCUGGCUGCCUCUACGAGCUCUGUGUGAAGCUGCUCUCCGAGAACGAGGACGUGCUGGCCGAGUACAAGAGUGAGACUAUUGCCAUCCCACAGGACAAUGAUGCUAGCUGGACUGAGGUGAGUGACAGCUGUGGUUUCAAGCAGGUGGCACUCAACCUGCAUGAACCAGGAAUGUUUUCAAGCAGACAGAAGCAGGAGAGGUUAUCCUGGAGGAAGAGAAGGCUCUGUUCAUGGGCUGUGAUUGAGCACAGGGAUUAUACGACAAGUCUUACAUAAAACUUGGAAGCUUGCUGAGCCAUCACUACAAGUCUGUGGGAGCUGAAAGAGAGACCCCUCUGGAAGGAUUUAAUGGCUUCUGAACAGACUGGGGUCAAAGCUCCUUCCACUAGCUUCUUUCUCACUGUAACUGUCCUCAUUGCUACCCAAGCUGGUGGAUGUAGAUGGGGCAGGUGGAGUUGAAGGCCCAGUGCAUGAAAGGAGUUGGUUCAUGGUAGCUUGACACCAACAACUCUUUUGUCUCUCUCAAC